AUGCUUCCUCCGAAUGCGCCUAGACGUCUGCCGUCACUCGUAUCCUUUCUGGCUCUUGUAUUCGCUGUUGUCGCGUCGCCCAUCGACAACGCUCAACAGCACGUUUUACAACACGGACAUGAGCAGCAGCAGCAGCAGCAGCAGCAGCAGCAGCAGCAUGAGGCGUCUGCUGUGCAAGGGACCCAGCGCAAGCUGACUGGCAAGUUUCUGCACAUCACCGAUUUCCACCCAGACCUGUUCUACAAGGCGCAUACGUCGCCUGGGAAGAAUUCCGCCUGCCAUCGGGGACGCGGCACCGCGGGCGUCUACGGCGCCGAGAUCACCGAGUGCGACUCCCCCCUGGCCCUCAUCAACGCCACUUGCGACUGGAUCGCCGGCAACAUCAAGGAUGACAUCGACUUCGUCGUGUGGACCGGCGACUCGGCCCGCCACGACAGCGACGAGAACCACCCCCGGUCGACCAAGGACGUCCUGGCCACCAACCGCAUCCUGGCCGACAAGCUGGCCGAGACCUUUUCCGACCCCGACAGCGGCCGCCUCGCCGUCCCCGUCGUCCCCAACCUGGGCAACAACGACUUCCUCCCCCACAACAUCUUCUACCCCGGCCCCAACCGCUGGCUCGAAGCCUACACCGACAUCUGGCGCCGCUUCAUCCCCGAGAGCGAGUUCCACGUCUUCGCCUUUGGCGGCUGGUUCCUCGUCGAGGCCAUCCCCGGCCACCUGGCCGUCCUGAGCCUCAACACGAUGUACCUGUUCGACCGCAAUGCCGCCGUCGACGGCUGCGCCAACCCCUCGGAGCCCGGCUUCCAGCAGAUGGAGUGGCUGCGCAUCCGUCUCCAGCAGCUGCGCGAGAGGGGUAUGAAGGCCAUCCUCAUCGGUCACGUGCCCCCCGCCAGGACGGACGGCAAGCAGAAUUGGGACGAGUCUUGCUGGCAGAAGCACACCCUGUGGCUCCAACAGUACCGUGACGUCGUUACCGCCUCCCUCUACGGCCAUAUGAACAUUGACCAUUUCCUGCUGCACGACAGCAAGGACAUUGACAUCCUGGGGACCGAUGCCACCGCACAGACGGAGGCCCUUGACACCGACGAAAAGGAGGUUUCCGUCCAGUCCAAGGAGGACUACCUCCUCGAUCUGCGGAGGAUAUGGUCGAAUCUUCCGCUCUCCUCCAUUGAGGGACUCACAGACGACGACGACGACGACGACGACGACGACGGGGAUGACGCUCAAGUUACCGAGAAUGACGACGUAGACACCUACAGGAAGAAUAGGGAGAAUAAGAACAAGAAGCACGGAAAGAAGAAGCAUGACAAGAAGCUCAAGAAGAUUGGCGGCAAGUACGCCGAGCGCUACAGUCUGUCACUGGUCAGCCCAAGCAUCGUCCCAAACUAUUUCCCCACCAUACGCGUCUUCGAGUACAACAUUACCGGUCUAGAGGAUACCCCUGUCUGGGCCGAUACCUUUGGCCUCCCCUCGUCUUCCGAUCCCCCCUUGCCGGAAUCAGAAGUCCGGGCAGAGGAGGAGCUAGCCUCGCCUGAUGAUCAGCGGGAGCUCAAGAGAGACGGAGGAGAAGAAGACGAGGAGGAGACACUCAACGGCGACGACAACGACGACGUUGAAGCGGAAGAGAAGGAGAAGAAGAAGAAGAAGAAGAGCAAGAAGAACAAGAAGAAGGGCAACAAGGGCAACAAGGGCAAGAAGCCGAAGCAACCUCACCUGAUCGUCCCAGAAGACCCUCCCAAGGGGUCUACACCCGGCCCCGCAUACUUUCCCCAGCCCCUGACGCUAAAGGGCUACACACAAUACUUUGCCAACCUCACCCACAUCAACAACGUGGUUGAAGAUCUGGACGAGCCUCUUUCCUCUUACUCUCGCCUGAAAUCGAAAUCAGACACAGGUUCAGACUCGGACUCGGAUCCAGAUGACUUGUCCUCGCCGGGAAAGAAGCAGCCCUCCCCUCGCGAAUUCAAGUACGAAGUCGAGUACGACACAUACGAGGACAAGCUCUACAGACUCAAGGAUCUGACCGUCCUCAAUUAUCUCAAGUUGGCCUAUAAGAUGAGGGAAUCUGAACAGGGACAAGGGUCAUCUGAUGUACAGGAGGAGGAUCUUGAUGAUGAUGGUGAUGAUGAUGAUGUCAACGAUGUUGACGUUCAGAAGAACAAGAAACACAAAAAGGGGAAGAAGAAGAAGAAGAAGAAGCAUCAUAAGAAGGACAAGAAUAAGACUUGGCUGCACUUUUUGGAUCACGCAUUUGUUCGGACGGUGCCCAAGGAGGAAUUGGAGAGGAUGUGA